CGUACAGGGAUUUUCGUGGCUAAACGACCGAGAGUCGUACGAAUUGACGAUGUGGAGCGACGUUGAACUUGUGACCAACGACGACACGACCAGUGUUGGUAUCGGCGGACUGUCGGGGGAGGCUCGGAGAAGCGGAUUAUAUCAAGUGGGCACUCUGGUCAAAAUCUCCUCCACACAGCAGGUGCAGACUGAUCCCCAAAUCUCCUCCUGUAGUGGUGAAAACUGGAGCAUUGUUGCUGUUGACAAGACAGUCAUCCUGUUUGACCAGAGCUAUCAGACUGUCCUCUUACUACUUCACUUUGAAACAAAUGUGGAUGCCAUUGACGUAUGCCUGGAAGGACAGUUUUUGGUGGUCUGUGAAAGAAAUGGAAACCUUCACUUGAUCUAUGUUCCACACAAGAGAAUCCUUCUCACCCGGGCUUUAGUACAAAGACCGUCUGUUGGAAAUAUGAAAACGUAUUGCUAUCUUAUCAUGGAGGAGGACACAACAUCUUCAGGAAUGUACUUCAUGUUCCUUCUUACAAAAGAUGGAUUUUUCCACAUUACAAACCUUGCUUUGUUGAAGAUCAAGACAGCCAUUGAAAAAAUGGACGUGGGCGCUUUAAAGGAUCUUCAGUCUCUUAUCAAGUUGGACUUUUACUCCACAAAUCAUCAUCACAGUGAGGGUUGCAAUACAGCAGUGAUGUUCAGUCUGUGCCAAGAAAUCCACUUGAUGAUUGGGGGGGAUAAAGAAAAUGUUGUGACCCACUGGAUCAUGGAUCCUCGUCAGGCGAAGAUGCGACUUGCACACACUGUUGACAGUAGCUUAAUCCCAGGUGUAAGAAAGAUGAUGGUGGUGGAAAACUUGAUGUAUAUUCUUGACACUGAGAAUGUUCUGAGUCUUUGGGACCUGCAUUUCCUUGUAAUGAUUCGCUGCUGGCCUGAUCUGGUCAUUCAUGACUUUCAACUCACUGCAGAAUGCAGCUCUUCCUCCAUUGCCACACAAGACAAAGGCAGCAUAAAAAUGAUUACACUGAUGAAGCAGGACAACAGUCAGAUCAGCUCUCUACAGAUACGGUUGCUGCCGUCAAUGACUGUUUGCUACUCUCUGGAUGUGUCUUCAGUUGCCUCCCUUGUGGACACAAAUAUAAACAUGGAUGCCAUGUAUUUAGUUGAGGGAGUUUGUGAGAAUCCAGAAAGCAGUCGAGGAGAGCCGACAGCCUCUGUUUUUGUGAGAUGCUUCACAGAGGCUUUGCCUGAGAGCAGGCUGAGCAGACUUCUUCACAAACACAUGUUUGAUGAGGCUGAAAGGUUUGCUGUCACAUAUGAAUUGGAUUUGGAGCUUGUUUAUAAAGUGAAGCUAGAUUUUGUUCUGGAGCAGUUGGCCUCUGCGUCAGUUGGUGGCUAUGGACAGGAUGUGUGGAGUGAACUUGUGGAGGAAGCCAAAACAAACCUGAUGAAAAUCAUGGAUGAGCAGUAUGUGGUGGAGUACUGCCUCAAAGCUCCUUGGCCAACUUUUGAGACUGCAGAGAAGAUGCUUAAUCACGCUGCCACACUGUAUACCUCCUUACAAAUCCAGGAGGCCCUGGCCAGGCUAGCAACAUUCUGCAGCCUUCACAGCCCAGAAAAGUUCAAUGGCAUUGCCUGGAUUGAGUUUCUGAACAGCACCAACAACUUAGGUGACAUUCUGACCCUUUUACAGGAAGGAGAUUUAAAGGGAGCACAACUUCUUUGGCUCAGAUGUGAGGGUCAGCUUGCAGGUGAGUUUGAAGCGGGUGGGCUUGAAGCUUUUCUUGGUGCCAUUCCAGAGGACCUACCAUCCCAAGAGCUGUGUCCUUGGUUGAGAACAGUUAUUGUUCCUUUUGUGAGGCGAGUGCUUCCCAGAGAACAAAAAACUUUGGCAAGAUGGCUUGAACAGAGGGCAAGGAAUCUGGAGUUAACAGAAAAGGGUGCUUGGCCUCAAAAUGGUCUGGAAUUGGCAGUGCUCGGGCUACCAACUUUAUGGACAUGGAUGAAAUUUGAUGACAAUUACGGUGCAGAAGAAUUGGAAAAUCUCAAAUCCCUGGUGUCCAACCUUCGUCAGCUGCUGGACCUCCACAAGAAAUACAACUGCAGACUUUCGCUUUCAGUCUUUGAGAAGGGAAACAUUUGGAGUAUUGCCUUCUUAAUGCUGGACAAAGUGCUGGCUCCAGAGCUGAUCUGUGCCACAGUGGAAAGCAGCAUCCUGCCGUAUGCUGAAGAACACCAGAUUUCAUUUGAUGAGCUCCUUUUGCAGUAUAUUAAGGAUCUGCUUCAGCGCUGCAGUUCUCGCACGACAACACUCUUCACAGAAUGGGAAGCAAAAGCUGUGGCUGUACUGGGCUGUAUGACUGAUAGCGAUCUGAUGGUGGAAGCUGUGCUCGAGAUCAUGCAGAAGGCCGUGGUGCCAUGGAGUAAUGUGGUGGAAAACCUGGUUCAGCAGUACCUGGAGAUGGGUGGACCAAAGUAAAUUCUUUUAAAGGAGAGCUACCAUUUGAUGGAAAAGAAACUCCUCAGAGGCUAUGGUAUUCGCAACUUCAACCUUUCUAACAGCAACUCAGGUAUGACACUGAUUAGAUACAUCCUGAAGCUGGACAUGCCAUCAUCUUUAGAGGACUCCCUGAUGUUAGCUGAAUCCUACAAAUGUGACGCUACGCAGAUAUAUUACUUUCAUCUCAUUCAACUGAUCGGCCAAGGCAAGACGGAGGCAUGCUUCACUGUCCUUAAGAAACUGCCCUCUGCAGAGGCAGAGUGUGUGACUGAGCGUCUUACAACAUGGGCCAAACUACAGCUCGAGGACAAAGACCACAUAUCUGAAGAAUGCAAGAAACACCAGAUGUUCAUUGCCCAGGUGAUGGUGGAGGUACUAAAAUAUGUGCACAUCAUUCAAAAACAUGAUGCCCUGAAAAACAUGGAGUGUGAAAACCUGAACAUGUUCAAGGCAAUUGCCCACCUGCAGGAGGACUUUGAUGUUUUCUUCACUCCCUCCAACUAUGAGGAUCCAAAGGUCCGAAAGCAGAUCCAGGAGUAUCACAUCAGAGGUUAUGAAAACACACGAGGCCGUCGCCCGCCAAAUGGGAAGGUUACUGCCACUCCAGUUGUGUCAAAUGAUCCUGAUGGCAAGACCAAGACCAUCUCCACUGAAGCUGGCUUACGUCGCCUGGGAAGGCAGCUGCAGCAAACUGAACAGGAGCUUUGGUCUGACUUGGCCCUACGAGCUUUGAGGGUGGGAAAGGUGGACAAGGGUCUCAAGAUCCUCAGCGAGCUGUAUGAACAUCACUGUAACACCAACACGGGGAGUCUGUUCACUGCUGCCCAGAUGUUAUGCCAAAUGCUGGAGGCAGAUGUACCCAUGGUUCUUCCAGAUGACAUGGACUUGCCAGCAGUCAUCCAUGAUUUGGUUUGUCAGGCUGUCACCGUGUGUCACUCAGAUCUUCUCCUGGACUGUUUGGAGCUUUGCAAGAGCACACGCAUUGCUAUGGAUGUGUAUCAUCAGUGCCAGUUAUCAGACAACUAUGGCUUCUACCCAAGGUCAGAUUUGUCCAUGGAGGCAGAAAAAAAUCAGUACUCUCACUGGAGUUUUCAGGAUGAUUUUAAUGAGGAUUGUAUUGUCCUGGACCCGGUUUCUGUUCUCCCAGUGCAAUAUGAAAUUACCAACUGCUUGCUGCCCAUAUCUCAGGAUACUAAACAGUACCCACUGGACUGUUCCUGUCUGUCACACUGCUCUUUUGAAAAUGGUUUGGACUAUGUGCGGCCCCUUCUUGGUCCUCUGUCAAACAUGUUGCAGAUGCUACAGGAGUGCAGUCAGCUGGAGCUGGCUCUCAGAGUUUUGGUCAACUCAUAUGGCAGCUGCUUGCAGCAUGUCACUACUAACGUUAUGGACAUUAAGCUCAGUGUACAGCUUCAUGAUGCGCAAGAGCUUAAGAAGUACAAUAUGUGCUUGAAUGAGCUUCGAAAGAUGACUGUAUUAUCUCUGAAUGCUGUCGCUGUGGGUCUCCUGAACAAAGUGUUCAACUGGAGGGUGGUUGAUUGUGAUCUGGCUAUUGGAUUGUGCACACUCCUCUCCAAAGCCGAGGUCUUCAAAAUGCUGUGGAAGGUUAUUGACAACACCUGGCAAAACUAUGGCAAAAUUAUGGCAGUGGCCAGGAUCGGAGCCAAUAUCUGCUGUUUGUAUAAUGAGAAAGAGGAACAGGAGAAGUUUCUGUCUGUCAUUAUGGAUGCUGAGUGGGGUAUUAGGCUUGCAAAAUUAGGGAUAUCUAUCCAACCAGUGUUCCGCCAGCGAGCUGAGUUGAAGAGUACCCUGAUCCCUGAUCUAGUGAAGAACACAAAGAUCAGUCCGGACAUUAUCCUCCAAUACUGCAGUACCUUUGGCUUAGACAGAGACGGUGUGAUCCAUCAAUACAUCACUACACUGCUGCUCCUGCAGGAGGAUGAGGAAGUUGCAGGUGACCCUGAUGCAGUCCAAGAGGAGCUGCAGUCCCUGUGUCAUGCAGAUGCACUGACCCGAGUUCUGCAGAUCAUCCCCAUGUUACAGAGUACCAGCAAGCUCUCGGACAGUCUCAGUGCCACCAUUUUCAAGCUCAGCCCGUACAACUACGAGAGAAUUGAAGUUGUGUUGAAGAUCAUACAGGCUGCCAAUGAGAAUGUGACAAGCUUUUCUAUUAGUCAAGCAAUGGCGCUCCUUCAGCACCUGAAGUCAUACAAGCGAGUCUCUUUACUCUCAGAUGUAGAAAACUCAUAUCUUGUGGAAAAUGGCCUUCUGCUGAGCCCUCUGUCAAACACGAGGUUGCCCUUCCACCUGCUUAUGCAAACCAAGCAUUACUGGAAGAUUAUCUCUCCUGAGCUCAAUGAGGAGACUUUCCCUAUACUUCUUCUUAUUAGCAAACUCAUGAAGGUGAGCCUUGACAAAUUGUACAUGUUAGCAGCAAAUCAUGUGUUUGAAAAAAAUAUGAGGCCUCUAUUGCUGGAACAACGGAAGAAAGGCCAGAGUCACAUCUGCAAUAAAGAGGCAUUUAAGGUUGCCAAGACCAUGAUGAAGUACAUCCACUGCAUCCAGAGCCCUGAGUGGGCUGCUGCUACAGCCCACAAGAUCACUCAGGAGCUGCCACCAGGUUAUGAGAAAACACAGUCACUAAAGUUCUGUUUGGCUCUUGGGGAGGUGUGGCUGAGGGAUCCAAACCUUGAGGGGGCAGCACAGGCCAGAGGAGAGACCUUUUUGUCCAAGCUGAAGGUGCAGUUCCAGCGCUCGGCGACAGAGAAUACAUUGAUAGCCGGCAAUCUGAACAGCCCAGAGAAUUUGAAGCUAAGUGGGUUGCCAGGAAGGCUUAUAGUGACUCUGUACGAGCACAGCAGUGUGGAGAAGCGUUACAGAGAUUCAGGAGGUCAAAUAUAUCCCGACAUACAUGCUGUGGUUAAAGAAAUAGCUACCAUCAACAAUGUGGAUCUUCUGAAAAUCCAUAACAUGCUGUUAGAAAAAUGGAUCUGCAAAACAGGUCCUGCUGUGGCUCAGGAUGUCAGUAAUCAGGAAUAUGGCAGCAACAUUGAAGAGGACCCAGACCUCAUGAGGGCGGUGUACAUGCUGCAGUCGUGCUCUGUGGAUUAUGCAGUCCGCCUUCUCAAACCCAUCCUUACUGCUGAAACAUGGCCACUUAGCAGUUCUGGACCUCGUCUGACCUUCUGCCAUCGGACUCGAACACUGCUCUGUAUUGUCCGCAUUGCUGAUGCAGCCACUUUGGAGGCGCAGCUACAAAUCCCCAGGACCAAAAUCCAAUAUUACCUGAAAUGCUACAUCUUUGUCUCUCAACUGGAGGGUUUAAACAUCCCCUACACAGUGCAAUCUUUCCUCAGCAGUCCCAAAGAAGGCUUGGUUAAAGGGCUGUGGAAGAACCACAGUCAUGAGCCGCAGGCUGUUUGCUUAGUGGCAGAUUUGAGCCUGGAGUACCAGGUGUACGACCCUCAGCUGUGGAACAGCUUGCUUCAGAAGUUGCUGGGCUUCAAUUUGAUCAACCAUCUACAGAAGGUGCUCGAAGCAGUCGUGGCUGUGCCUGCACUGUGGGAGCUUCCCAGUUUCUCCCGAACCUGGAGGAGUAUGAUAUUGGCACCUUUUGUCACAGCAUCUCUUCCACUGAGUCCUGAUCAGCAGACCACACUCUACAGGACUUUUGUUAUCCUUCUCAAGUGUCCUUUCCUUUUGAAUCUGGAUUUGAUAGGGAUUGCUAACCGGUUUGCACAAUUCAGUUUGUCAGCCUUUGCAUUGGGAACUCUGCUUCUCAUCCCUUGUGCUAAUAAAAAGGCACAGCAAAUCCAGGGCUUCCUCUCUGUCUGUAAUCCAGUUGCUGUACUUGACCAAGUGAAUGAAUUUAUGAACACCGGAGAACUGGCUGGAAUUCCAGCACAGAUUACAAAAGCUGUGUUAACUUAUGUCAGCCAAAAUGGACAACACCACAAACUAAUGAAGACUAAACACUUCCCUCAUCUGAAGGAGCUUAUUGUGUCAAAUGGUGAAUUCAAGCAGGUGGCAGACAUGGUGGACUACCUGAUCAGUCAGAACUGUCAGGAUGAUGCUGAUUCACUUGCUCGUGAGUACAUGAAACACAGAGAACAUCAAAGAGGGAAAAUACUGACAGUUGGUGCACCUUCAUCGAGCUGCCUGAAGGAAUUUCUCAGCAUGGGCAACUGACUUUCAGGAUGAACUGACACACCAGCUACAUUCUAUAAUCUUGGACUAAUUUGUUUUGUUUUGUUUUUUUAAUGCUUACAUGAAUAUAUAGCUUUCAGUUGUACAUGUAAUAUUUGAAUAAAUUCUUUUCAGUAUUAA